GAAGACAAGUCAAAGACAGAAGCAGCAACUCAGUUGUUUCUCUCUUCUUCUUCUUCUUCUUCUUCUUCUUUCCCAAUCAAUCGCUCUCCUUCUCCACUCUCUCUGAUUCUUUGUAAUUAGUAAAGAUUUGAGAUCAAUCUUCUCCACAUCCACAUCCACAUUGAGCGUCAGGUACUUACUGACCUCUCUUUUCUCUCCGAUCCUCCGGCAACGAAAGCUCUUUUCUUCAAGCUCUCCAAGUCAAAAUAUUUUGGGGAUUUGAUUCCUUCCCUCACUCUGUCCAUGUUUCUUGGAUUAUUCACCAAAAGCAUGGAAGACAAAUCAAAUUCCAGCAGGAACAGAAGCAACACCCCACCCCUUGAACAGAUCCGAACAGACAUGGGUUCCUUAUACUCGGCAGAUCUUAGUGCUUACAAGUCAGCUUGUAGAGAAGAUCCAGAUUUGCAAUCCUUCGAUUCCUCGCUUCAUCAACGCACCAACCGAGUCAUCAACUCCCUCGCCUCGGGUGCCGAAACUCGGUCUUUGUCCUUCGACGCGCUCAUAGAAGUCUCUGGCUGUCUUCUCGAGAUGAACCAAGAGGUCGUUAGGUUUAUCAUCGAAAGCAGAGAAGAUGUGUGGGACAACAAAGAUUUGACAUGUUUGGUCAAUGCUUAUUUCGACAGCAGCAUCAAGACUUUAGAUUUCUGCAAUGCUGUUGAUCACUGUGUGAAGCGAGCCAGGAUAGGCCAGAUGAUCAUUCAGUUUGCGGUUAAGCAAUUUGAGAUCGAGUCUUCAGCGAAAACAUCCGUCGAGCCUGGUACUAAUAAGUACGCCAAAACUUUGCAAGAGCUCAACAAGUUCAAGGCUUCUGGUGAUCCGUUUGACGCAGAUUUCUUCUUGCUUUUUGAGUCGGUUUACGAGCAGCAGGUUUUGCUUCUUGAGAUACUGCAUAAACAAAAGAGGAAGCUUGACAGGAAGCUUAAGAACAUAAAGCAUUGGAAGAAAAUAUCGAAUGUGGUUUUCGUGACUGCAUUUGUCUCUGUUUUGAUCUUCUCUGUGGUUGCAGCUGCUAUAGCUGCACCGCCCGUCGUGACCGCGGUUGCAGCGGCAUUGGCGGUUCCAAUCGGGUCCGUAGGGAAAUGGUGUAAUCAUCUUUGGAGCAAGUAUGAAACUGCUGUCAAAGGACAGAAAGAUAUUGUUUUGUCGAUGAGGAUUGGUGCUUAUGUUACCAUGAAGGACAUGGAGAACAUUCGAGUCCAUGUAGAUAGGUUGAAGAUUGAGAUGGAAUCGAUGAUGCACAAAGUUGAUUUUGCAAUCAAGGAGGAACAAGAAGAGGCGGCUGUUAGGCUUUCUAUGCACGAGAUCAGCAACAAGUUUGAUGUUUUCACAGAGAGAAUAGAGGAAGUGGGUGAAAACGCGGCAAAGUGUAGCAAAGAUAUCACAUUGGCGAGAACAAUCGUCCUUAGGCACAUUCUAAGUUUCCCCUCAAGUUCAGAUUCUGAGCAAGGAAACUUGAUUGAGGCUAUCACAUUGUGAUAAACCCUAUAAAUGUACCGAUGGUUUUGAGUAGACGCUAUGUGGUAUGUCACAUACAGUAUAUAGCUUAUAUAUGUUCUACAGAGUUGUGUACCAGCUCCUGUAUACAUCUGUAUCUGUUUAGCAGGUGGCUUCACAACAUCAUGUAUAACACAAUUGGAAAUAAAAUCCCAAGUCGAUAUUGAUGUUUACUGUUUAA